UGAGAAAAUGGCGACGUGUAUGGAAAAAUUUGUCGGCGUUUUCAAGCAGAAAUCUACUGCUAUUAUUGGCAUGAUUCAUCUAAAGCCUUUGCCAGGAACCCCCAGAUACCAGUACUCAAUGAAGGAGAUCCUUAACUCGGCCCUAAAUGAGGCAAAGCUUUACAAGGAUGUGGGAGUGGACGGUAUAAUGCUGGAGAACAUGCAUGAUGUUCCGUAUAUGCAUACAAGUCAGGUGGGGCCAGAGAUCACCGCUGCCAUGUCGGUCAUCUGUGCGGAGGUGAGGAGGGUGUUCUACCCCGGUCCUGUGGGGGUGCAGGUCUUGGCUGGCGCCAACAAGCAGGCUCUUGCUAUAGCUAAAGCAGCAGAGUUGCAGUUUGUGAGAGCUGAGGGUUUUGUUUUCUCGCACGUCGCUGACGAGGGCCUGAUGAACGCUUGUGCAGGGGAAGUGCUCCGAUAUCGCAAACAUAUCGACGCCGACAAUGUCCUUGUGUUCACAGACAUCAAGAAGAAACAUAGUGCCCAUGCUAUCACUGAUGAUGUCAGCAUUGUCGAGACGGCCAAGGCAGCGGAGUUCUUCCUCAGCGAUGGCGUCGUGGUUACAGGCGGCGCUACAGGAAUGGCUGCCAGCACUCAGGAAGUGGCAGGUGUGCUGACUGGUGUCGACAUCCCAGUGCUCGUGGGUUCAGGAGUGACAACCGCCAACAUUGCACAGUACAAGUCAGCUCACGGGCUGAUCGUCGGUUCGCACUUUAAACGAGAUGGACACUGGGCCAAUGAAAUUGAUCAAGAGCGAUUGAAAAAAUUCAUGGAACAAGUGAAAGCUGUUCGAGAAAACAAGUUACUUCAGUCUACCAUGAUUAUUUGAAAACAAUUCCAACCAUGUUUAUUGGAUUGCACACGGUGAGGAAUGAUCUUCAGGGAUCUUCAGGGAUUGCAAGUUGGGAUCACGCGGAUAGUCAUUAUCAGCAAGCCUAUUAGUACGCCUCCAUGUGGAGCAGUAGAUGCUUGUCAGACGCUGUUAGCAGUAGCAAGUUAAUCACAUUUUUUAUUGGUGCAGCAUUCAUCUAUCAUGAAGAUCUCACAAAAUAAUGUCACUGAUCUAUAUCUUGUUUCUAUUAUCAUUCAUAUGCACACAUGUUUAAACCCUCACUUCUGAGGGAUUUGUGGGUGAAUGAAGCCCCAGUCUGUUGCAAAUUAAAAUAGAUACUGCUUGUCACUUAUUUCCAACUUUUAUGGUCGUCGGAUCUUUAAAAUAGUUUUUUUUUUAAAUAUCUCGCCUGGGGUUGGGGCGGGAUGGUGAUGAUGAGUGAGUGAGUGGGAGUAUGGGUGGGUGUUUGGGUGAAUGAGUGAGUUAGUGUGUUUGGUUUAACAUGGCUUUGACCAGUAGUUCAGUGAUAUCACAGUGUGUCAGCUUGAUGUUGGAGGAAGGCCUAAAGGUGACUGUCAGGACACCAACACACAGCUACUGCUGAUUGCCACCUCAUGAAAAUCCGAUCUUUCACUCCCAUAGGACACCUCCCUGUGCCAGGAUGUGAGGACGCUGCCAUAGAAGGUCACUCGAGGGGAACCCUGAGUGACCUUUGACCAUCCAAUCUAAAUUAAGGAGGAUUGGGUUCAAUCUAGGUGUCAGCUUUCUCAAAUAAUUCGCAUUCACCACCUCCAUUGAGAAAUUAUUUAUUUGUUACAACAGAAAGACCCCACACAACACAGAUUCUCCUUUGAUGUUGUUCCCUGGGGGGUGCAGAUGCCAGGGUGCAGCCCCUGAUGUAAUCCGCGGCCGAAAAUUCAAAAUAAUGUGGGCAAUUUUUCUAGAUUCUGAAACCAAAUUUUGAUAAUUCAGCACACAAUUCUACAAACUUUAAAGCUUAAUUUUCGUGAAUUUCAUAGUUUUGCACCCGUUUCACUUGUGACACUCAUUUUUAUGAUAAACUUAUCCGCGGCAGGAAUAGCUUGUUGAAGUAAAUCUGGAGAUCACUAUUAUUAACUUAGAGACUUUUGGCAAGCAAUAAUGCAAAAGUCAACUUCACUUUAAAACAAAAUUAGGAGUUAAAUAUCUGACUGAGAUUGUUGCUGUGACCAGAACAGCAACAUGGAACUUAGAUCUAAUAAAUCAUAAGAUUCUGUGAAUAGCUUUAAUAUUGCUGACAAUAGAUUAAAUCUGCAAACACUCAUUCGCUUCAGAAGUUCUGAACCAGAAAAACUAGUGACUGAGAGCAUGAUCAUCGAACAAUCAUCAGGGCAUGGUGACACUGAGCCUGACCACCCAAUCCUCUUAUGGUCAGUUGUUACGACAAGUAAAGAAGUUUUUUCAUCCCAGAAUAUGGAGCACGGGUGGCAAAGUUGCGGGGGCGCCACAUUACGGUGUGAAGAGUUGCGUCCCUUGGGCAUGCCACAAACCUGGGAUCAUGGGUUCGAAUCCCGGUUCGUCCGAUUUUGUUUCUAGGUUUGUCAGCACCAUAUCCAUGCUUGUGGGUUUCACCAAAGUGGUAAACAUCUGAGACCUGCAUCACUUCAGUCUUUCCUCCCACAUUAAGCUGACACGCCGUGAUAUAACUGGAACACUUCAAAGCGGCCUUAAACCCAACUCACUCAUCCCAGAAUUCCCAUGUUCUUUUCAGGAGCUUCAGUAUUUCUUCACUAGAAAAAAUUCACAAUAUUGAAACCAGUGACAAAGCGGCACAUCUUACAAAUUAGGUACUUUGAUAUUAGUUCUGUUAUUUACAGGCAUCACACGUUGAAUCUGCUAUAGUUUGGAUUUCUGAACUAUUUUGAAAGUCACUUCAAUGUAUCUUCACAAGUCUAUUUAAAAGUCACUUCAAUGUAUCUUCACAAGUCUAUUUAAAAAUCACUUCAAUAUGUCUUCUCAAGACUGUUUAAAAGUCACUUCAAUGUGUCUUCACAAGACUGUUUAAAAGUCACUUCAAUGUGUCUUCACAAGACUGUUUAAAAGUCACUUCAAUGUAUCUUUACAAGAUUGUUUAAAAGUCACUUCAAUAUGUCUUCACAAGACAGGGCAAGAUAUGCCAAAGGGACUCUUUUUUAAUCAAAUUAUCCAGUUUGUCAACAUCCCCUUGUCCACAAUAUUCUGUAGUCACUUCCUAUCUUUCUUAAUUCAAUUCUAAAUCUUUUGAACCUUUGUUAACAAGCUUAAAUUUCAUCAUUUAUGAACAUUGCCCCUUUGACAAACAUACAAUACAUCUUUAACAAUGGCUGUCCCAGCUAUUUCUUGUAAUGAGAUCUGUCAUAUUUGUGAUCAUGAUUAUUCAGAGUAAUUACACAGAUAGUUAUUUAUGUCCAUUGUUCAUAAUUCAUGAUGUUCAGAUUGAUGCUGUUUGUGACAUAAAUGAAGCUGGGAAUUUAUUGCUCAAUAACAUGUAGCCAUUAGCGCUGACGAGACCUCGGCACUGAAUGAAUCCCAAAUUGGAACGUUGCAGUUAAGUUAGCCUGGAAAUGCCACUCGUGUUCUUUUAUUAAGAAUAUCAUUGUUGAGGAAAGGUUUCAUGCAUGGUUUAUCUGUUAAGAUACAAUAGAACUUUAAUGUGGACCUCACCGAUCAGGAAGUGUUGUAUUGGGUAUGUUAUUGCAGUCAGACCACACAGGCCCUGGACUGUAUUCAUGCAGGAACGGGAAUACGGUGAUUCCACUGUGGAAUAAUAUUCGGUGCACAGAUUCACUGACAUAUUUUAUUUGUUAGUAUCUUAGAAAUAUCUUCAACCACACUGAUCAUGCUGAUACAAAUUAGGUGACAAACAUGGGUUUUCAGAUUUGCCGGCUGGGUGUAGCCAAGUUAUGCUUGAUAUUUUGUGCAAUUGAUCACUCAUAACUGUUCUGACAUGGAUACUUUGAUGACAUUUAACUCCCAUCGUCUUCUAAGAAAGGCUGGCAUUUUAACUGAGUAUCGUCUUCGUAAGUCAAAUGAAGCAUGGGAUUUUAUAAGGAAUUGUUUUUCAAGUUAAGGUUACAACUUUUCACACUAUUUUCUGCAACAUAUUCACUCACUCGCUCACCUUGCUUGCUCGCUCACCUAACUCACUCACUCACUCACUCACUCACUCACUCACUCACUCACUCUCUUACUUGGCUGUAGUUACAGUACUGGUGUUGGUCAAACACAGUUCUGUCCCUCAUCUUGGCUGAGAUAUCAGCAGAUGGAUAUCCAAAUUCGUCUCCUCAUAUUGGCAGGCUGUGUGAACCCAACUCAUUGUAGUCACUGUCAGGAGGUUGGUAUUUUUCUGGACUGUAUGCCAAUAACAUGCAUACAGUAAUGUCAUACAAUUUUACUGCCAGCUGAAAUUAAUGCCAGAUGCCUCUCUCAAGGUCUGUUGGAUCUUGUAAUUAAGUUUUGUGUAAUUUGUUCCCCAAACAAAAGACAUAUGGUUUAAUUGGUAUGACGGUAUACCAAUCAAUGGACCUGCACUGAGCAGAACAUAUUAAUUGAACAGCGCCAGGCAACUGAUAGCUUACGUUAAAAUUUACAUCGUUAUUGCCGAAUACCUAACAUGGGCCCUGUUGCUAUUACACAGACUUUGUGUUGAUAAUAACUUUGUCCGUUUUGUCAAUAUUCCUGAUGAAACUAUAGAAUUGUCUUGUUGAAAGCUAUUUUCCUACUCAAAAUUCAUUAGUGGAUUGUAUGACAUUGCAUGAUAGGUCACAAUGCUUUGAAUACCCAGUUGAGCUGGGUACAAUGUUCCUUGUGACUAGUUAUCAGAUUGAGAUCAACAAGGGGAAUAUUUUAAUAGCUGUGUGCUUAACAAACUAAAUCAAUUGUAAGAGAAUAUUUCUCAUUCGCACUGACAUCAAAUGGCUGUUUUAUUUUAGUAUCAAUUAUUAUUCUUGUUGAUUUUUGUGACAUUUUUAACUUAUGUUUUGAUAUGUUGUAAGGAUCAGCUGAAAAUGUUCACUGUUUACAAUCUGUGUUUUAUAUAUGACAGUUGUAAUAUCUAAACAUUAUACAUGUAGUCCUUUUAUGAACUAUGUACAUCUUUACACAGGUCGUUUUGUUAAGAAUAUUGAUGUCAUAUUCUGUGAUUUUUCAUCUUACCAUAUUUGUAAUAAAUUGUCAU